AUGAGCGGCCUGAGGGCUAUUGCUCGGCCUCGCUAUGCCUCAACUUCAUCCUCACCUUCACUUGCACGCUCGGCCUCAACCUCAACCUCAACCUCAACCUCGAAACCAACCCCAUCCCCGAAGUCUCCCCGUCCCAACCGUCGCCGCUGGCUAGGCAUUGUAUUAGUGGGAGCAUCAGCCGCAGCAGCAGGAGCAUACAUCCGGUCUCAAAGCACAGACUCAGCGACCCUUAACCCAGACACGUUCACCAAGUACAGCCUCGUAUCACGCGAGCCCGUGUCGUCCACAAGCAGCCUCUUCACCCUGCGACCGCGUAAACCCAGCGAAAACAACUACGACGUCUACGAGGAGGCAUGGCGCGCUGGAGUAUGGAGUGUGAUGUUCAAGCAGCCGCAGUUACAGAUUGGCCGGGAUUAUACACCGCUACCUACAACGGCUGCGACAUCGUUAAGCGUGGAAGACGAGAAUGAGGGUUGUUUGCGGUUUUUCAUUCGGAAGGAUCCUUUCGGCGAGGUUUCGCGGUAUCUGCAUAGCAUUGAUGUAGGUGCUGAUGUGGAACUGCGUGGUCCGAAGAUUGAAUGCGCUAUUCCCGGUGAAACUGAUGAUAUUCUUUUUAUUGCUGGUGGUACUGGGAUUGCGCCGGCUUUACAGGCUGGGUAUUCUCUUUUGACUCGCACGACUGGCGAGCGUCGGCCGAGGAUUCAUAUUCUGUGGGCGAAUCGGUUGAAGGAUGAUUGUGCCGGUGGUCAGAGUGAUUCUGCGAAACCGCAGCCUCGAGGCUGGUUCUCUUGGUGGUUUGGCUCGUCUAAGAGUCUUGAGCUUGAGAGCAAAAAAAAGGAUGCUGUUGCUGUCAUGGAAGACAAACACACUUCUUUGAUUGUACGGGAGCUUGAGGCGCUCAAGUCGCAAUAUCCGGGGCAGGUGACCGUGGACUACUAUUUAGACGAGGAGAACACCUUUAUUGGAAAGAAGGAUAUUUUGAACUCGAUUCAAUCCACGCCGACAGACAGCUCUCGCAAGAGCAAGUUGAUUUUGGUUUCUGGACCCGAGGGCUUCAUCAGCUAUAUGGCUGGACCGAAGCUCUGGGCUCAAGGACAGGAGCUCCAGGGACCUCUGAAAGGAGUCAUUCGGGAACUCGACCUCAAAGAAUGGGGCGUGUGGAAGCUCUGA